AUGGGGAAGGAGCAGGAGCUGGUGCAGGCGGUGAAGGCGGAGGACGUGGGCGCCGCGCAGCGCCUGCUGCAGAGGCCGCGGCCCGGCAAGGCCAAGCUCCUGGGCUCCACCAGGAAGAUCAACGUCAACUUCCAGGACCCGGACGGCUUCUCCGCCCUGCACCACGCGGCCCUGAACGGCAACACGGAGCUCAUCAGCCUGCUGCUGGAGGCCCAGGCCGCCGUGGACAUCAAGGACAACAAAGGCAUGCGGCCACUGCACUACGCGGCCUGGCAGGGCCGGAAGGAGCCCAUGAAGCUGGUGCUGAAGGCGGGCUCGGCCGUGAACGUCCCGUCCGAUGAGGGCCACAUCCCCUUGCACCUGGCGGCCCAGCACGGUCACUACGACGUGUCGGAGAUGCUGCUCCAGCACCAGUCCAACCCCUGUGUGGUGGACAACUCGGGGAAGACGCCGCUGGACCUGGCCUGUGAGUUCGGCCGCGUUGGGGUGGUGCAGCUGCUCCUCAGCAGCAACAUGUGCGCGGCCUUGCUGGAGCCCCGGCCGGGGGACACCACUGACCCCAACGGCACCAGCCCCCUGCACCUGGCAGCCAAGAACGGCCACAUCGACAUCAUCAGACUCCUCCUCCAAGCUGGCAUCGACAUCAACCGCCAGACCAAGUCCGGCACGGCGCUGCACGAGGCCGCCCUCUGCGGCAAGACAGAAGUGGUCCGGCUGCUGCUGGAUAACGGAAUCAACGCCCACGUGAGGAACGCCUACAGCCAGACCGCCCUGGACAUCGUGCGCCAGUUCACCGCGUCCCAGGCGGGCAAGGAGAUCAAGCAGCUGCUGCGAGAGGCCUCGGCGGCCCUGCAGGUCCGGGCGACCAAGGACUACUGCAACAACUACGACCUGACCAGCCUCAACGUGAAGGCCGGGGACGUCAUCACGGUCCUCGAGCAGCACCCGGACGGCCGCUGGAAGGGCUGUAUCCACGACAACCGGACGGGCAACGACCGCGUGGGCUACUUCCCCUGCUCCCUGGGCGAGGCCAUCGUGAAACGAGCAGGCUCCCGAGCAGGUGCAGAACCAAGCCCACCCCAGGGAGGCGGCUCGUUGGGGUCCUCUGCGCCCCCAGAGGACAUCUGGGUGUUGAGGAAGCCCUUGGCAGGUGGGGACCGCAGCGGUAGCCUGAGCGGGGCGGCAGGCGGCCGGAGCGGCGGGGGCCACGCCCUGCACGCGGGCUCCGAGGGGGCCAAGCUCCUGGCCACUGUGCUCUCCCAGAAGUCCGCGUCUGAGUCUAGCCCUGGGGACAGUCCUGUCAAGCCUCUGGAGGGCCCCACGGGUGCCACCCGGUCCCAGCCCCCAACGGCCCAGGCCGGGCAGGCCUACGGGGAGCAACCGCCCAAGAAGCUGGAGUCGGUGUCAGAGGGCAAGAGCGCCGAGGCUGUGGGCCGCUGGCUCGCCACCUUCCAGCUGCAGCUCUACGCCCCCCACUUCACCCGCGCUGGCUAUGACCUGCCUACCAUCAGCCGCAUGACCCCCGAGGACCUCACGGCCAUCGGGGUCACCAAGCCCGGCCACCGGAAGAAGAUCACCGCGGAGAUCAGCAGCCUGAGCGUCCCCGACUGGCUGCCUGAGCACAAGCCCGCAAACCUGGCUGUGUGGCUGUCCAUGAUCGGCCUGGCCCAGUACUACAAGGUGCUGGUGGACAAUGGCUACGAGAGCAUCGACUUCAUCACGGACAUCACCUGGGAGGACCUGCAGGAGAUCGGCAUCACCAAGCUGGGACACCAGAAGAAGCUGAUGCUGGCGGUGCGGAAGCUGGCGGAGCUGCAGAAGGCCGAGUGCUCUAAGUACGAGGGUGGGCCCCUGCCCCGGAGGGCGCCGCCGCCGCUGGAGGUGGUGGCCAUCGAGUCACCGCCCCCUCCGGAGCCCGCCCCUGCGGGCUGCCAGUCCCCCAAGAUGACCACCUUCCAGGACAGCGAGCUCAGCGGCGAGCUGCAGGCCGCCAUGACAGGCCCCGAGGGCGCCACCACUGCGGAGAAGCCCCCCAACCACCUGCCCCCCACCCCGAGGCCGCCACUGCGGCAAGAGCCCAGCCUGGGUGGCCGGGCCCGGCACAUGAGCAGCUCCCAGGAGCUGCUGGGUGACGGCCCCCCUGGGCCCGGCAGCCCCAUGUCUCGCAGCCAGGAGUACCUGCUGGACGAUGGCCCCAGCACCCCGCCCAAGGAGGCCCGGCCCGGCCGCCAGGGCCACAGCGUCAAGCGGGCCAGCGUGCCCCCGGUGCCCGGCAAGCCGCGGCCGGCUCUUCCUCCCGGUGCCGGCCACUUCACGCCCCCCCAGACACCCACGAAGGGCCGGCCCGGCUCCCCCCAGGCCCUAGGGGGCCCGCAUGGUCCAGCCCCAGCCACGGCCAAGGUGAAGCCCACCCCCCAGCUGCUGCCGCCCGCCGAGCGCCCCAUGUCCCCCCGCUCGCUGCCUCAGUCGCCCACGCACCGCGGCUUUGCCUACGUGCUGCCCCAGCCCGUGGAGAGCGAGGCGGCGCCGCCCGCGCCCCCGCCCGUGCCCACGCUGUGCCUGCCCCCCGAGGCCGACGCCGAGCCGGGGCGCCCCAAGAAGCGCGCGCACAGCCUGAACCGCUACGCGGCGUCCGACGGCGAGCCCGAGCGGGACGAGCUGCUGGCGCCGGCCGCCGCGGGGCCCUACGCCACGGUCCAGCGGCGCGUGGGCCGCAGCCACUCCGUGCGCGCCCCGGCCGGCGCCGACAAGAACGUCAACCGCAGCCAGUCCUUCGCCGCGCGCCCGCGCAGGAAGGGGCCGCCCCCGCCGCCGCCCAAGCGCUCCAGCUCCGCCCUGGCCAGCGCCAGCCUGGCCGACGGGGCCGCGCCCGACGCCGCGCCCGAGGGCGCCGGGCCCGAGGACGGCCGGCUGGGGGUGCGGGCGCAGCGGCGGCGCGCCAGCGACCUGGCCGGCAGCGUGGACACGGGCAGCGCGGGCAGCGUGCGGAGCAUCGCGGCCAUGCUCGAGCUGUCCUCCAUCGGGGGUGGGGGCCGGGCCGCCCGCAGGGCCCCCGAAGGCCACCCCGUGCCCCGCCCCGGCAGCCCCGAGCCGGGCAGGGUGGCCACGGUGCUGGCCUCGGUGAAGCACAAGGAGGCCAUCGGGCCUGACGGGGAGGUGGUGAACCGGCGCCGCACGCUCAGCGGGCCGGUCACCGGGCUCCUGGCCGCCGUGCGCCGGGGGCCCGGGGAGCCGGCGGGGCCCGCAGAGCACGGCCCCGGCGGCGAGGACGGCGCCCGGCAGCGGCCUCGGGGCCCGGCCAAGGCGGAGGCGAGCGGCGAGGGCCCGCCCCUGGCCAGGGUGGACGCCAGCGCCACGCUCAAGAGGCGCGUCCGGGCCAAGCAGAGCCCGCAGGACGGCGUCAAGUUCCUCCUGACCGAGUCCGACACCGUCAAGCGCAGGCCCAAGGCCAAGGAGCGCGACGCGGGGCCCGAGCCGGCCCCCGCGCUGGCCGUGUACCCGGACGGCGCGGCCACCGUGCGGCGCCGCGCGGCCCCCGAGCAGGCCGGGCCCCCCGAGCUGCCCCCGCCGCCCCCGCCCGCGGAGCCCCCGCCCGCCGCCCCGCCGCACCUGCCCCCGCUGCCCGCGCCGGACGGCGACGCCCGCAGGCCGGCCAAGCCGCCCGUGUCCCCCAAGCCCGUGCUGGCCCAGCCCCUGCCCAGGACGCAGGGCUCGCCCACGCCCGCCGCCAAGAGGGCGCCGCUGCCCGGCCCCGGCAGCCCAGAGCCGAAGCGCGCCCACGGCACGCCGCCGCCCGUGUCGCCCAAGCCGCCGCCGCCGCCCACGGCGCCCAAGCCCGCCAAGCCCGCCGCGGGGCCGCCGUCGGGCAGCGCCAGCCCGUCGCCCGCGCCCUCGCCCGCGCGCCAGCCGCCCGCCGGCCCCGCCCCGCCGCCCGCCCCCGGCGCGCCCGCGCUGCACGUGCCCGCCAAGCCGCCGCGCGCCGCGGCCGCCGCCAGCGCCGGGCCCCCCGCCUCGGCCGACGGCGCCGCGCCCGGGGACAGCGCCCGGCAGAAGCUGGAGGAGACGAGCGCGUGCCUGGCGGCGGCGCUGCAGGCCGUGGAGGAGAAGAUCCGGCGCGAGGACGCGCAGGGCGCGCGCCCCGCGGCCGCGGAGAAGAGCACCGGCAGCAUCUUGGACGACAUCGGCAGCAUGUUCGACGACCUGGCCGACCAGCUGGACGCCAUGCUGGAGUGACGCGCCGCCCGCGGCCGGCCCCACACACUGACCUUACCUCAGGAUGGGCA